AUGGAACGAUACGCUAAAAUCUUCAUGGCUCCACGCAAGCCUGAUCCGGGCGACAAUAGCAUUUCCAUUUUCCUCGCGGGAAUUACAACGAGUACCGGCGAGCCUGACUGGCGAGAAGUUCUGACAAACGACUUGACGAAGCACCGAGUUGCAAUUCUGAACCCAUGCAGACCAGAUUGGGAUAUCACAUGGAAGGAGGAUUUCUCAGACAAGCGGUGGGAGGAACAGGUUUGGUGGGAGCUUGAUAUGCAAGAGGUUGCAGACAUCAUUGUUUUCAUGUUCCACCCUUCGACAGAUGCCCCGAUCAGUCUUAUGGAGCUUGGCCUAGCGGUCAAGUCAAAGUCAAAAAGAGUUAUCGUUUGUGUCCAGGAUGGCUACAGGAAGAAAGGGAAUGUUGAAGCGGUUUGCAAAAGAUUCGGGGCAACAUUAGUGAGCACAGGAAACGAACUGCGAGAUGCUAUCAUAUUGGCACUAGAAGAUGGUCACGAAUGA